AUGUCCAUUGAGUCAGUGAUGCCAUCUAACCACCUCAUCCUCUGUCAUCCCCUUCUCCUCCUGCCUUCAAUCUUUCCCAGCAUCAGGGUCUUUUCCAAUGAGUCAGCUCUUCACAUCAGGUGGCCAAAGUAUUGGAGUUCCAGCUUCAGCAUCAGUCCUUCCAAUGAACACCCAGGACUGAUCUCCUUUAGAAUUGACCGGUUGGAUCUCCUUGCAGUCCAAGGGAUUCUCAAGAGUCUUCUCCAACACCACAAUUCAAAAGCAUCACGCUCAGCUUUCUUUUUGGUCCAACUCUCACAUUUAUACAUGACUAGUGGAAAAACCAUAGCUUUGACUAGACAGACCUUUGUUGGCAAAGUAAGUCUCUGUUGGCAAAGUAAUAUGCUGUCUAGGUUGGUCACAACUUUUCUUCCAAGGAGCACCACCCACACUCUUGUCCGGUCCCUGGUCCCUCUGUCCGGCCAGGAGCCUGGUCCCGCUGACCUGUCUCAGCCUGCUGACCUGUGUCUGUCCACAUUGACCACAAGCCUCAGGUGGGUCAUGUGGGUCCUGCCCAGGGAGCUCACCCCUCCCCUGGCCCAGUCCCUUCCCUUCCUUCCUUGGCCUCACCUCCACCCAUCCUGCCUCCCAGCUGGAAGGGAUUCCUGGUGCCUACACCCCAGAUCUGCCUCCUCCCUCGGAGCAGUGCCCCGUCCCCAGCGUGUCUCACUGGAGUGCUCCCCCCCGGUGUUAUUUCCCCUCUCUAUGCAGACGUCCUGUGUUUCUUCCCACCUUGGACAGAAAGCCGCCACCCUCAGCCCACCUGUCUCCUUGCUCUUUUACAGCCAGACUCCUUUGAAGAACUGGCAGGAUUUAGCAUCUCCGUUUCCUUUGCCGGGUGUCUUUUAG